CCCAAAACCCAACAGCCACACAUCAUAUAUAUAUAUAUAUCCUUCACUGCUACAACUAGCUCUGCGAAUAAUAGAUCUUCCUCUUGGUGUUUGGGACUUCUUUGAUUGAUGAUGGACCGGGUGGCAAAGUUGGUGUCGCAGAAGGCGGUGGUGAUAUUCAGCAAGAGCUCGUGCGGGAUGUGCCAUGCGAUCAAGAGGUUGUUCUACGAGCAAGGGGUUGGACCGGCGGUUUACGAGCUGGACGAGGAUUCGAGGGGAAAGGAGAUGGAGUGGGCUCUCAUGAGGCUCGGCUGCAACCCGGCCGUGCCGGCGGUGUUUGUUGGCGGCCGGUUUGUAGGUUCCGCCAACACUGUUAUGACCCUUCACCUCAAUGGCUCCCUCAAGAGAAUGCUCAAAGAUGCUGGAGCUAUCUGGCUUUAAUGAUCUUCAGUACUACUCCCAAACACUGCCCCAUUAAUUACGUCAGAAACCCUAAGAAAAAAAAAACCUGUCUGUCUUCUUCAUUAACCUCGAUCUGUUUUUAAUUUGUUCUUUUACACUACGUGCUACUUGCGGCUUCUGGAGAUUGGAAUAUUCCUCGCAUUAUAAUUCUACUAUAAUUUGAUGAUAGAUAAUCGUCAAUCUCUGAUAUAUAUAUGUAUAUAUAUAUCUCCCUAUAAAGCACUCUUAUGUUA